CAAUUUGCCAUCCAGACAUUGUGUAUAGUUUAAAAGGUGACAUUUAAUCACAUAGUGUGAUUCAUUAUCUAUCUUUAAGGACAGUUGAACUUCUUGUUUCAGUUAACAAAAGCUGAUACAUCAAGUGAAAGUGAUUCUAUAAACUUCCCUAAAUGUCUUCAUCAACCAUGUGAAUUACCUGUUUCUGGAGGUUGAUUUCUACUUUUUUAGUUUUCUUACUCAUGUGGUCGGUUUUUCAGUUUUGAUCUCAUUCUAAAAUAGAUACAUGGUAACUGGUCAGAUAUAUUUUUAUAUAGCACAGGAUUCUUGACAGACAUGUCAAACUGAACUGAUAUUUUGCCCAUUUUAAGUGCCUACAGACAUAGUGAAAUGGCCCUGUUCAUCUUCAUAAUAUUUUAUCUUUUACUGGUGGUUAAAUUGCAAGGUUUGGCAACCAUGUCGUCUUUGCCACCAAUCACAGAGGGCAGCCCAACUACAGUGAUUCCCAAUGGAACCUUACAAGUUUUGGGUGUAACAUCCACUACUGAGUCUGAAAUCACAACAGACCUGAUAACCAAUAUGUCAAGUCUAAGUUCCCAAGACAACCAUAGUUUAAAAGAUCCUGCAAACGCAUCCUUAGAAUCGACUACACUUACUGAUAAUACAGAACGUGCUUCAGUUUUCCCCUUGAUGACUAAAGGCCCUGAAAUCAGAAAGUACUCAAAUACAAAAAUGUUCUUCCUCAUUGCUGUGGUUGCAUCUGGUGGAGGAAUUGUACUGACUGGACUCGUGGGCACCUGUUUGUACAGAUAUACACGAAAGUCAAAGGCAGAGAGGAUUUGGAUCGAAUCGAGCAGCAAAAAACACAAACAGGGACCAGUGGCCAGUUCAGACUCAUCUGGAGAGGAAGAUACAGUGCUUUACUCAACCAUCAACUUCAUUCAACCCCCCUCUCAACCACCAGGAAACAAUGAAGAAUCAAUUCAAAAUGAGGUGCGUAAAUCAGCUGGUCUCACAUGCACAUGCAGUUAUUUAUCUUCAUUUUAAGAUUUAAUUUUC